UGUUUUAUCAUUGUUUUUUAAAUCUUGCAGCUUGUAAAACACUUACUAAAUGAGCCUUAUAGAAAUGCUAGCAUCUGAUAAUGUAUAUGUUAAAGAAACUUUGUCAAAAGGAAAAGGAUUGUUUGCAGCAUCUGCAAUAAAAAAAGGAGAUACAAUUCUUACUGAAAAACCGCUUGUUUUAUGUCAAUUUUCUUGGAAUCGACAAUACAAUUAUGUUGCUUGUGAUUAUUGUAUGCGUUCUCUUGAAACUGCACAAAAUAUGGCUAGAAGGCUAGCAGCUGAUUACACUCUUGAGCUUCCCUAUCAUGAACAGUGUUCUUUAUCUGUACAAAGAGUUAAUUCCAUUUAUAAAUGUCCGAAUUGCUGUAUACCAUUUUGUAGUAAAGAAUGCUAUUCAGAAGCAUAUGAAAAAUACCAUAAAAGUUUGUGUUUACAUCCUGAUGAAAUGAGUGAAAGUCCAGUAUAUAGAAUUGAAGAAGCAUGGAAGCAGUUGCAUUAUCCACCUGAGACAGCAUCUGUUAUGUUAAUUGUGAGAAUCUUGGCUAUGAUUGCACAGUCCCAGUGCCCUGAAAUGGUAAUGUCUGAGUUCCAGCAGUUUUUUAGCAAAACAAAAAAUGAAGAACACAAGAUAACACAUAAAUUACUUGGCAAUAAAUUUAAGGAGCAAAUAAUUUUAAUGCAUAGUCUACUUCAAGAAAUUGUUCCGACAGGUGAACUUUCCAAACUUCUUACAAUAAGUGGGGUUCAAUCAUUGUUUGCUCUUAUUGGAAUGAAUGGACAAGGUAUUGGGACUAGCUCGUUGAGUGAAUAUGUUCAUAAUAUUGAUGCAAAAGUGAUGAGUGACAAUGAGCGAGAACAAAUAGAUGCUUUUAUUGAUCAGCUGUAUCUCCACAUGGAAAAAGAGUCUGGUUCGUUCUUAAAUUGUGAAGGAUCUGGAUUGUUCAAGAUGCAGAGUCGUUGUAACCAUAGCUGUUAUCCAAAUGCUGAAGCAACAUUUCCAUAUAAUAAUUCCACCUUGGUAUUGGUAGCAACGGAGGACAUUACCAAAGACGAGGAAAUAUGUGUAUGUUAUUUGGAUGAAUGUCAACGUUCAAGAAGUCGCCAUUCUAGAAGAAAAUUACUAAGAGAAAAUUAUUUAUUCGAAUGCACUUGUUCACUUUGUGAAUCAGAGGUUGAUCAUGAAUCUGAAACAUCGAGUGAUGACUCAGAAAUGAGUGAAGAUGCGAGUGAUUCUUAAAUAUAAAUUAUGAACUAUAUAUUUUUUUAUGAGAAAUUUAAAGCUUUAGGAUUGUCUUAAAUAGACAUGUUUUACCUA